GUUCUUGUUCUUCAGAUCAGAAGCAUCCUCUCUCAUCUCCUUCCCUGAGGACAGACAAACAACUCUCACUUGAUCCCUACCUAUUCUCUUUCCAUCAUCCCAAGUCAAGAGAAGUCACAAUGCUUCACCAACAUGACAACAAGGUGACCUCUGGUCAGGUUGACAGCUCAUCAACCGAAAAGGUCGACUAUGAGAAGGCCGUUUCCUUCCACGAGGAUGCCUCCCAGGAGGUCUUCGAUGAGCCUGCCACCAAGCGCCUCCUCCGCAAGAUGGACAUCAAGCUUCUUCCCUUCCUGGCUCUUCUCUACCUCCUUUCUUUCCUCGACCGUACCAACAUCGGUAAUGCUAAGCUCGCUGGUCUCGAAGAUGCCCUGGGCAUGGACGGCAAGUGGGAUUACAACAUUGCUGUCGCCGUCUUCUUUCCCUUCUACGUCGCAGCCGAGAUCCCCUCCAACAUGGCCAUGAAGCGCUUCCGUCCCUCCAUCUGGAUUCCCAGCAUCAUGAUCGCCUGGGCCAUCGUCACAACUCUUAUGGGUAUCACCAAGAACUUUGGUGGUUUCCUCGCCACUCGCAUGGCUCUCGGUCUCGCUGAGGGUGGUCUCUUCCCCGGUAUCACUUACUACAUCACUCUCUGGUAUAAGCGACACGAGUGCGGUCUUCGCAUGGCUGUUUUCUUCUCUGCUGCUACCGCUGCUGGUGCUUUCGGUGGUCUCUUUGCUCGCGGUGUCAUGGAGAUGAAAGGUCUUGGUGGUCUUGACGGCUGGGCUUGGAUCUUCAUCAUCGAGGGUCUCAUCACUUUCGUAUUCGCUGUCAUGGCUUUCUUUGUCAUGCACGACUACCCCGACACUGCCAAGUUCCUCAACGACUCUGAGCGUAAGGAGGUUCUCCGACGUCUCGAGGAGGAUCGAUCUGUUCUCUCCGAUGCCUUCAACAUGAAGUUCGCCAAGGAUGCUCUCAAGGACUGGAAGAUCUGGGUUCACAUGAUGAUCACCAUCGGAAUCUACACUCCUCUCUACUCCAUCUCCAUCUUCCUUCCCACCAUCGUCAAGGGUCUCGGCUACACCAACGAGAUGGCUCAGCUCAUGUCUGUUCCUCCCUACGUCGUCGCCUGUCUCUUCACCAUCGGCGGUGGUUUCGCUGCUGAUAGACACGGCCAGCGUGGUAUCUACAUGAUCUUCUUCUGUGUUGUCGCCAUCAUUGGUUUCAUCAUCCUUGCUACUGUUGAAUCCCACGGUGCCAAGUACUUCGCCGCUUUCCUCAUCACCUGCGGUAUCUACCCCAACGUUCCCCAAGGUGUCGCCUGGAACGGCAACAACAUUGGUGGUUCUCUCAAGCGUGGUGUUGGCAUUGCCAUGCACGUCGGCUUCGGUAACCUUGGUGGUGCCGUCUCUGGCUUUGUCUACCGCAAGGAUGAUGCUCCCAACUACCGCUCCGGUCACUGGACUCUGGUCGCCACUACUACCAUGAGCUGCAUUCUCAGCAUCUUCAUGACUAUCUACCUCCGACGCGAGAACGCCCGACGUGACCAGACCCACAAGGCUCCUCAUGAGUACACCCGCGCUGAGAAGGAGAUGGAGCAGGACUCUGGCGACAACGCCACCUUCUUCCGAUACACCGUCUAAGCCGUGGAUAUUGGACGCGAUGUCUUGCAGAACAUCUUACAGGGCAUUGCAUGAGUUUGUAUAUGAGCGUUUGGUCUAGCGAAAAGGGAUAUUACGAUUGGACGGAGUAAAAAGGAACUACUUUUGCAUGGAUAUAAGACCUAUACAUUUUGACGCUUGUAUAAUGAAAUGAACCUCUAAUGAUAUGAGGUAUUCCACAC